AUGGCCACCUUCGCAUCUCGCCCUGCUGCCCCUGCUCAAGAUCCCAAGCUACAGCCUUGGGUCGAAAAGUACCGACCAAAGACGAUUGAUGAUGUUUCCUCGCAAGACCAUACCGUGGCUGUCCUGAGAAAAGCGCUUGCUUCUACAAACCUUCCUCACAUGUUGUUCUACGGCCCGCCUGGAACAGGAAAGACCAGUACCAUCCUCGCCCUCGCUCGGCAACUCUUCGGGCAAGUCUCUCUGGCCGCCAUUCUCCCGGACUUGUUCAAAGCGCGUGUUUUGGAACUGAACGCUUCAGAUGAACGAGGUAUCUCUGUCGUCCGAGAAAAGAUCAAGACUUUCGCUAGGGAAACACCUCGACACGCUCCUGGUGUCAGCUCCGACGGCAAAUCGUACCCCUGCCCCCCAUUCAAGCUCAUCAUCCUCGACGAAGCCGAUUCAAUGACCCAAGAUGCCCAGUCGGCGCUGAGGAGAAUCAUGGAGUCUUAUUCCAAGAUCACGAGGUUCUGUCUAGUGUGUAACUAUGUCACGAGGAUUAUCGAACCGCUAGCGUCGCGAUGUUCCAAGUUCCGCUUCAAGCCUCUGGAACAAGGCAGCACGCAAGCGAGAAUGGACAUGAUUGCCAAGACCGAAGGUGUGGACACUGAAGAGGGUGUCUUGGAGUUGAUCUUGGAGUUGGCCGGCGGUGAUCUGCGAAAAGCCAUCACGUAUCUCCAAACUGGUCAACGGUUGCAUGCUGCCAGCAACCCACCGACACCCAUUUCCGCUCUUUCCAUCCACGAGAUAUCCGGCGUCGUCCCCACCUCCCUCAUCGAAUCCAUCCUCCAAUCCAUCGGCAUCGACCCUUCCACCGGUAUCGACCCCUCCCUCCUCUCCUCCUCCUCCUUCACCUCCGUCCGCACCGCCGUCCUCCAAAUCACCCGCGAAGGCUGGUCCGCAUACCAAGUCUUGUCCCAGCUCCACGACGCGCUCAUCCCGCUGCCGGCGAUAGGCGCGGUGGAGAAGAGCUUGGCGGGGCUGGUGAUGGCAGAGUGUGAUAAGGCGCUUUGUGAGGGUGGGGAUGAGGAGUUGGCGAUGAUGGAUUGUUUGUUGAGGGUGAAGGAGAUUAUGGGGAGAAAGUAG